AUGACUUCCAUCGAGGAAGAGCGGGCUGUCGACGGCAGCAAGGAAGACCCUCGCCACGAGGGUCCCUCAGGCUCCGUCGACGUCGCCAACGAGGCCGAAGUCGAUACCACUACCACAUCUAGUCCUGCCCCUAACAACGAGCCCUCAACCAACACCAGCAACAAUGCAGAAACUGCUCCUCUUGUCGACAUCGUCAAACUGCAAGAAGAAAACACCUUCCUCAAGAACGACAGAACCCGCCUCAUCCAGCUCGCGAACACCGAGCUCCACCGCCUUCGAACCCUCAUCGUCGAAAAAGACGCCAGCAUCUCCGUAGCCAAAAAGUCCAUCGCCGGCAAGCAAAAGCAACUCGACUCUCUCUACGCAACUCUGCAAAGACAAGAGAAGAAGAUUACCAACCAAGUCAACGAGAUUGCUACGCUGAAGCAAAAGCAAGCUGCCAAAUUCAAUAAGAUCAGAUUGAGAAUGAACUUGAUGGCUAAGAGGAGCAAAAAGAGGUUUGAGAGACAUAUGGCGGAGAAUGUCUAUGAUGUGAGGGAAUGGGCUGAUCAGGUCAAGGCGUUGAUUAAACAGGAGACUGAUAGUGAGCGUGACAGCGACUAUGAGGAGGAUGAGGAGGUUGACAGCGAGGAUGAGGAUGAGAUUGAUGGUCAGGCAAAGGGUGCCCAGGAUCGUGAAAUGGUGGUCAUUGAGAUCAAUGAUGACGAUGAGGUUGCUAGUGCUGGACAAGCUACCGGCAAUGAGCAGUCCGCUAUUGUUCAGCAGUCUGACACUGAUGAGCAGCCCACUACCGCUCAGCAGUCUAUCGUCAACUACCAGCUCACCAACAACGAACAGACUACUGUCACCGAACAGCCCGCCAGCAAUGGGCAGCUCACCGUGGACGAGCAGCCUGAUGAUGGUCAACAGUCUGUUACCAGCGAGCAGCCUACCCUCGCUCAACAGCCCAUCGUUGCUGAGCAGUCUGCCGCCACUGGAGAGCCUCUCACUACCGAGCAGACCGACACCAGCGAAGAACAUCCUAGCAAGCGCGUAAAGUUUACCGAGGAAGCUUGA